AUGUCUGCAAAUGUGAAACUAGAAAAGGACCCAAACAAUGAAGAAGAAAGGGAAAAAGUGGAUGAAAAAGUCUAUCAAGAAUUAAUUGGUUAUUUAUUGUACGUAGCAUUGCAUAGUAGACCAGAUAUUGCAUGUGCAGUUAACAUGUUAUCGCAAUUUUCAAAAGACCCCCGGAAACAACAUUAUAAUGCUGCUUUGCAAGUAAUAAGGUACUUGAGUACAACAAGGAAUGCAGCAAUAAUAUAUAAAAAGAAUUCGGCACCUCUCAUGGGAUUCUGUGACGCCAAUUGGGCUCAAGAUAUCAAUGAUAGGAAAUCUCAAACUGGGUUCUGUUUUCUCCUAGCAGGUGGAGCGGUCACCUGGGAAUCCAAAAAACAAAAGGUGGUUGCACAUUCUAGUGCUGAAGCGGAAUAUAUAGCUUUGACUGAAUCAGCUAAAGAAGCCUCAUAUUUAAGUUACAUACUUGAAGAACUUGGAUUAUUCAAUGGCAAACCAAUAAAAAUACAUACUGAUUCUCAAAGUGCGCAAAAAAUGGCAGAGUUCGGUUCUCAUCAUUCUCGAACAAAACAUAUCCACUACAAGUAUCAUUAUAUUAAGGACACAAUACAAAAUGGAGUUGUUGAGCUGCGGUACUUGCCUACACAAGAUAUGUUGGCGGAUGUUCUAACAAAACCAGUACCGAAACCAAAACAUAUUUAUUGUUCUAAUAAUAUGGGCAUUAAACUUAAUUGUUAA